AGAUGGGCAGUCGCUCCAUGUCAACAUCCGUGUGGAUCAAAUCUAUGCUUCCGCCGGUCUGCUUCAAAAGGGUCGUCUAUACGGCUUCGAGUAUUAAUUCCUCCUGCGCGUCCAUGGUGUAAUCUCUGGGGUAGUCUGGAUACACCUCCAAAAUGCUGCGUUUGUUGUAUGCCAGCAUGAUGCUGAUUCCGACUAUCCUCUGCUCUCUGAAAUAUCGCUUUGGACACUCCGUUGGCCAACCCGAUCGUUGGCCAUCAACGAGUUUACAUUUGGCGACGGACAUUAAUGCGCUAGCUUCGAUUGUCCACCGAAAUGCUUAUGCUGAAUCAGCCCCAUCAGCUCGCAUGGUUCGACGACUGAUUGAUUCGUUCGACCAAGAGGAGCAUCUACAUUCUGGCUGUUCUUUAUCCCUCGUUGGCUCGGUACAGGUCCUGUCUAAGGUUGAACCACUUUGUAAUUGAACUGCAAGCUUAAGGGAGGUUCACUGCCCUUUUCUGGAGUUGGUUGUCAUACACCUCUGACUCCCUCAGACCAAUGCAUCU